AUGUCGCUUCCAGAAGACCUAAAACCAUGGUAUAUCGAAUGGCUGGAGCUAGAAACCGUCAAGGCUGCUCAAAAGAACGAAAAGCUCGGUGCUGUGUAUGCAAAGGCAUUGGAAAACCUAAAAAGUCACGACUUGGCUCUCGUGCACCCUAACCAGCUACUUUCCGUCAAGGGUAUCGGAAACAGGAUUAAAAAUGUAUUACGGGAUCGUCUUCACGCUCAUUGUAAAGAGACUGGAUUUGAGCUCCCGUCAGAUCCCUCGUUGCAGGUAGCAAAUGUCGAAAAUCGUCAGAGAACAAAGAUACGAUCGCUACAAAACAACGAUCCAGACGAUGAACGUCCCAAAAAAAAGCGGAAAUACGUCCCCAAACGAAGAUCUGGAGCAUAUGCUAUCUUACUGGCCCUACUGGAAAACAAUUCGCCUCGCUCUGGAUCGUCAAAAAAUGAGGUCGUAGCACUCGCAAGCAAAUACUGUGAUCAUAGUUUCACCUCCAAUCCGACUUCCCGCGACUUUCACAGUGCCUGGUCAGCAAUCAAGACGCUUUUGGCCCGAGAACUCGUGUAUGAGGAAGGACGGCCGAAGCGCUACGUUUUGACUCAAGAAGGUGAAGAAAUGGCCCAUUCCUUGAAAAGAACCGACCAGGUAGAGUUUGAGGACGAAGCCGCUUACCAAACCCGUCUCAGUACCCAAAAAGAGGGCUCUCCGCGAGAGAUAGCAAACGAAAUCUCAGAUGCUUCUGUAAAUUACUCGGCAUUGAUGGAAGCCACUGCGUCUCCGGAUCCAAAUGUUCCUGUGAUUCCACGUCAAGACAACUUUGAACAUCAGUUCGGAAAUGAUCUAGCUUACAUGACACAUAGUCUAACUGGCAGCGUUAGUGCAGCGCAUACAACUGGGCAAUAUUCAAAGUCUGGGUCUGCUAGUCCUUCCAGAGUCCGAGAUAAUAUAGUUCGAGCGCGUUGGAAUGGAAUCAGCUACGAGCUUUGGGACCCUGGAACCUAUGACAUUGUGUUAAUUAUCGAUCACCGUGAGGUCAAGUCGAGGAAAGAUCGAGAAUUUUUCUCCACUCAGUUGCAGGACAAAGGAGUAUCAGUUGACACACGCCAGUUAUCUUUAAGUGACAUGCUAUGGGUAGCUAGGAACAAAUCGACCAAACGUGAGUGUGUCCUUAACUUCAUUUUAGAGAGAAAGAGGCUCGAUGAUUUCGCCAUGAGUAUCAUGGAUAACAGGUUCUUGGAGCAAAAAAACCGGCUGAAGAAGACAGGAUGCAAGAAUAUUUAUUAUUUGGUGGAAGAUACGGUGAGUGAUACGGCUAUUCGUAUGGCAGACGCUAUAAAAACUGCUGUUUGGAUGACCGUAAUAUAUAAUGGCUUUCAUGUCAAAAGGACCAAAAACUCCAAUAGCACUGUAGCGUGGCUAAAAGGUAUGACGCAGGUCAUAGAAAGCCAUUAUUUUAAAAAAGCCCUAUUGGUUAUGAGCCCUCGGGACCUGAAAAACCAGGAAGACUAUUUCACUACGUUGCGCUCAUUUCAACAACAGUUUGAGCGCACCGAGGCUUUAGAAUGUUGCCAACGCUUUGAUUGUUUCCAGGAAAUUAUGGACAAGCGAUCGUUGAUGACCGUAAAAGAGCUAUACCUUCGAACGCUGUUAACGAACAAAGGUGUUUCGCUAGAAAAGGCUCUUUCAAUACAAGCCAAAUUCCCCACAUUGAAGUCUCUUUUAUUGGCGUAUCGGGCGUGCGACUCAGAAGUAAGUGGGAAGUCUUUGAUAUCGAACGCGCUCAAAGACGAGCCAGGAACGCGCAAAAUUGGAAAAGCCUUAUCUGAAAGUUUGUGGUGCACUUUUGGAAAACGCUAA